AUACACAGGCGUCACAUUGUACCAAAUAUUACAGAUUUCGAGUUUCGUGGAAGCAUCGUAUGCAGCCACUUCCUUCGCUCUUCUAACCUUCAUUCUCCUACCAAUCCCUCAUGUCUACGGGUACCGUGACCUCGGAAUUCUCAGCACACCCAGACUUGUACGAACCAGACGACCAAUGGAAAGCCGACCUCAAGGAAACGCUCUCUAUCGCCUUCAAAGACAUGCUACUCCAAGCCAAGCAGAAGCUCGAGGCUGACCUUCAGAGCCUUGGAGAUGACAUCGACCCUGUGCAGAAGAAGAAGUUGAUCGACGAGUAUCAGGCCAGCGAACGCCAGAUCAAGAGCUUCGCAACCCAGAGCUUCAAAGUUGAGGUUGAGAAGGAAAGAGAGCAGAGACGGUGGGCCGCAGGGCUUGAAAUACGGACUGCAUGGAAAGAAGACCUAGAGAGCGAACAGCAGGCGAUUAUGAGCGGCAUUCGUAGACAAAGAACAGGCAGUGCCGGAGCAGAAUCAAAUGUGUAUCCGAAAGGAAGAGACAGAGAGUCGACAGUACCGGAUCGUUUACCUGAUUCGCACCAGCAUACUACCAUUACUAUGCCUACGCCUACGCCUACCUCUACAGCUACUCGCCCUUCGCCCAUACCCAUACCCACCCCACAGAGACGGUCAUCGACAUCAGGAACACCCGGAAACUCGGUGUCCAAGAAUCCAGAGGUGUGGAUACCACCGAAAUCCGCUGCUGAGGACAAACCGAUGCCUCUUGGGCGCCGCACAAGCCAGACCAGUAUAGGUAGGUCGCCGUCACAGACAUUCAAGCCGUCUGCCCCCAUUCCGGAGGCUCAGAAACCACCCAGCAACACGGACAGCAGGCCAUCGUCGUCGUACGUAUCGAAGACGUCUCCCCUUCCUGAGAUUCCGAAACAUGCAACUACCGAGUACGAUCAUUCUGAAAGCCGGACGUCGCCACCUCAGACCUCUCGGUCGUCUGUUUCUACUCUGGAGAACCGGAAACAUCCAGACAGAGAUAGCCGGCUGCCGCCUUCGUACACGCGGCCAUCAGGGUCCAUUCCAGAGAACAACAGGCGUCCCAUUCCCGAGCACGUUGAUUCAAAGGAUCAAUCGGCAGCCACUCGACAUUCUGUCCCUAUACACGUUCAUGAGAAUGCGGAGCGGGAGAGAGCUCGUAUUGAUGAGGCGGAUCAAUCGUGGGCAUCCCAUAACAGAGCGAAGGGGAAGGAAGAGGUCGAGAACGACCAGCCACCAUCACCUGCGCCACGAUCCGUUUCCGUGAAUCAGGAUGUGGGACGGCCUCCUACCCCGCCCAUGGCUACGAAACCUGCCUAUCCUCCAAGCCUAUUGACAACGUCGCGUCCGAGUAGUAUAACGUCAUCUCGCCCUCCAGCCACUCUUCGUCAGGCGUCAUCCUCGUCUGACGGAUAUUCUUUGUAUCGCCAGCCUUCUCUCGACGCGUCUUCGUCGUAGUAAGCAUAUCCGUUCUUACUUUCUACGUAACCUUUAGUCAUUUUAUACCUGUCCAGUCGCCAACCUUCGGUCAACACAUCUUCCUCUUCCUUGAGCCG